AUGAUGGCACAAUAUUCAGAGAAGAGUUCCACACCCAGCCUAGUCGGUCUCUCAGUGAGAGACAUCAACGACGAUGCCAAUGACACGGCCCCGCUCAGACCCAGUUUCCUCGACAUGAAGUCACGUUCGCAAUCAUUGGGGAGGAUUCCAUUAUCGACAAACACCCCGGAUCAACGUUAUAGAUCUGUAGAUGAAUUGACUCGUGAAGGUGCCCUAUUGACCGACGAGAUCGAGGUGGAUCUGGAUCAAGUGAGUAAGGGAGACCAAUAUGUCGUACAGCCCUCUUUAUUGGAGAAAUCGGGGAAUGCUCGUAGAAUAAAGGGGCCCAAGGGUAAGAGAGGCGGAAUGCUUCAUGCGUCACAUAGUCAUGAUAAUGUGAUAAGUAACUCGUAUGGGGAUGUGAUCAUUAAUCAAUCGCAAAGACCUCAUUUGGCACAGGGUGAAUCUUAUCAAUCUGUGAAGAGUGAUGAGGAUGAUUUGGUGGAUGAAGAAGGUGCUAGAGUUGGUAGAUCGUUCCAGAGGGCGUCUGAAUCCUCGAGGGAAUUCAUAAGAUCCUUGUCUAGGUCUUUGACUAGAGAUCAGAAGUCGAGACAGAGUACUGCUGCUACUAGUACUACUACUAAUUAUUCUAUUUCAUUAGCGCAAAGGGAAUUGGAUUCUACGACUUCUGGGCCAAAUAUUAUUGAAGAGGAGGCCCAGGAAGAGAAGGAGGGAGUGUUGCUCGAUGACGAAGGGAAUGAGGAGCACUCAGAAGAUUUGGAAAGAGCAGCUAAUGAAGUAUUGUAG